GCGCGGCCGCGGCGGCAGUUGGGGAGGGUUCUUCCGGAAGGUUCGGGAGCCUUCUGGAAAAGGCGCCGCGCGCGCAGGGCGGGCCCGCGUCUAUAUAAGGGAGGAGCGGGCGCUGCGCGCCAGUUGCCUCUGCGUCGCCCUGCUGCUGCGUGGUUGCGGAGCCUGUGCGGUCCUUUCGCCAAGAUGCCGGAGGAAGCCCAGAGCCACGAUCAGCCCAUGGAGGAGGAGGAGGUGGAGACGUUCGCCUUCCAGGCGGAGAUCGCGCAGCUUAUGUCGCUGAUCAUCAACACCUUCUAUUCGAACAAGGAGAUCUUUCUGCGCGAGCUCAUCUCGAACUCGUCCGAUGCCCUGGACAAGAUCAGAUAUGAGAGCCUGACGGACCCCAGCAAGUUGGACUCCGGGAAGGAGCUGCACAUCAACCUCAUUCCCAACAAGCAGGAGCGCACGCUCACCAUUGUGGACACUGGGAUCGGGAUGACCAAGGCCGACUUGAUCAACAACCUGGGUACCAUCGCCAAGUCUGGAACCAAGGCGUUCAUGGAAGCUUUGCAGGCCGGCGCAGAUAUCUCCAUGAUCGGCCAGUUCGGUGUCGGGUUCUACUCGGCCUAUCUGGUUGCUGAGAAAGUGACGGUGAUCACGAAGCACAAUGACGACGAGCAGUACGCCUGGGAGUCCUCCGCGGGGGGCUCGUUCACAGUGAGGACCGACACAGGGGAGCCCAUGGGUCGUGGGACAAAGGUCAUCCUGCACCUGAAAGAGGACCAGACCGAGUACCUGGAGGAGCGGAGGAUAAAGGAGAUAGUGAAGAAACACUCUCAGUUCAUUGGCUACCCCAUUACACUCUUUGUGGAGAAGGAACGUGAUAAAGAAGUCAGUGAUGACGAGGCUGAAGAAAAGGAAGAGAAGGAAGAGGAGAAAGAAAAAGAAGAAAAGGAGUCUGGUGACAAACCUGAAAUUGAAGAUGUUGGCUCUGACGAAGAGGAAGAAGAAAAGAAGGACGGUGACAAGAAGAAGAAGAAGAAGAUCAAGGAGAAGUACAUUGAUCGAGAGGAGCUGAACAAAACGAAGCCCAUUUGGACCAGAAACCCUGACGACAUUACGAAUGAAGAAUACGGGGAAUUCUACAAGAGCCUGACCAACGACUGGGAGGACCACUUGGCAGUGAAGCACUUCUCAGUUGAAGGGCAGUUGGAAUUCAGAGCCCUUCUUUUUGUGCCAAGACGUGCUCCCUUUGACCUGUUUGAAAACAGAAAGAAAAAGAACAACAUCAAGUUGUAUGUUCGUAGAGUUUUCAUCAUGGAUAACUGUGAGGAGCUGAUCCCCGAGUAUCUGAACUUCAUUAGAGGUGUGGUGGACUCCGAGGAUCUUCCUCUAAAUAUUUCCCGGGAGAUGUUGCAACAAAGCAAAAUUUUGAAAGUUAUCAGAAAGAAUUUGGUCAAAAAAUGCCUGGAACUCUUCACCGAGCUGGCAGAAGACAAGGAGAACUACAAAAAGUUUUAUGAGCAGUUCUCUAAAAAUAUUAAGCUGGGAAUACAUGAAGACUCCCAAAACCGGAAGAAGCUCUCGGAGCUGCUGAGAUACUACACGUCCGCGUCCGGCGACGAGAUGGUGUCCCUGAAGGACUACUGCACGAGGAUGAAGGAGAACCAGAAGCACAUCUACUACAUCACAGGCGAGACCAAGGACCAGGUGGCGAACUCGGCAUUCGUGGAGCGCCUGCGGAAGCACGGCCUGGAGGUGAUCUACAUGAUCGAGCCCAUCGACGAGUACUGCGUGCAGCAGCUGAAGGAGUUCGAGGGGAAGACACUCGUGUCUGUCACCAAAGAGGGCUUGGAGCUUCCGGAAGAUGAAGAGGAGAAGAAGAAACAGGAGGAGAAGAAGACCAAGUUCGAAAACCUCUGCAAAAUCAUGAAGGACAUCUUGGAGAAAAAAGUAGAAAAGGUGGUCGUGUCGAACCGCCUGGUGACGUCCCCGUGCUGCAUUGUCACGAGCACCUAUGGCUGGACAGCAAACAUGGAGAGAAUCAUGAAGGCCCAGGCCCUGCGGGACAACUCUACAAUGGGCUAUAUGGCCGCGAAGAAGCACCUGGAGGUGAACCCGGACCACUCCAUCAUCGAGACCUUGCGGCAGAAGGCGGAGGCCGACAAGAACGACAAGUCCGUGAAGGACCUGGUCAUCCUCCUGUACGAGACCGCGCUCCUGUCCUCUGGCUUCAGCCUGGAGGACCCCCAGACGCACGCCAACAGGAUCUACAGGAUGAUCAAGCUCGGUCUCGGCAUCGACGAGGACGACCCGACGGCAGACGAGAGCAGCGCUGCCGUGACGGAGGAGAUGCCGCCCCUGGAGGGGGAGGACGACACCUCGCGCAUGGAGGAGGUGGACUAGGCUGCCCGCGCCGCCCUGCCCCGCGUCCCCCGGGGUGGUCGCUUCCCAAGGACUUUUAUUUUUGUUAACAUACAAAAAACCUGUACGGCAUGGCAGUAACUACUUAAGGAAAGAUAAGGUCUCUUUCCACCGUGUAAGAUACUGUUAGGGUUCCGGCCCCGAGUGGAGCUAGUUCUUCAGUUUCAUGUUGGCUUAUUUUAACAGGAUGAGGUUCUGUUCUAAGGUGUGUGAAGCCUAAUGUUUGUUCACUUUGUGGUCCUUAAUCUUUUGUUGUUGAAGUGUCCAGGUAAACAACUUUCCUACCACCUGCUUUGUAACCCUUCCAUCCCCUGUAGUUACAACUGCAUGCGCAGCCUCUAGGAGUCAGAGCUGAGCUGAACCAACCUGAUGGCGACUCGCCACAGGCGUGGUUCCCAAGACGCGUGUUCAGAGCGGCGGGCGUGGGAGCCGGCCUGGGUGUGUGGUCAGGCCGUUCCUGCAGAGUAGCUCAAGAGUUUUGUGAAUGGAAAUGUAGUGCUCAAGUCACAUUCUGCUUUAAAAGGUUGUGACAAAUACAGACGAAUUAAAAGAAAA